CUAGUGUCUUGUAAAUACAGUAGAAUUAAAUAUUUAUCAUCAAAUAUCAGCUUCCCUCUGGGACUUUGUGCAGCAAACUGUGAAGUUCCCAAUUAUUCAGUACACCAUUGUCAUUCAAAAUGGCUGCCGUUAUGCCUCCCUUAGUACAACCUCCUGAGCCCCUUCUUCACACAGAAGAGAAAUCGGGUUUCACAGUCUUCGAGGUUCCCUAUGCCAAAGAACCUCGAGAAAGCGAAGCAUCUUCUUCAACCACAUUUGUCGAAAAGGAAGUAUGCAUAGUUGGCAUGGGUUUGUCUACCUAAAAGAAUCUUCCUUAUGAUCAUCUAUCUUGAUUGCUAACGACACUCACUUUAGCCUGCCGCCUCCCAGGCGGAAUAUCCUCACCAUCAGAUCUAUGGGACUUCUUGCACAAGAAGAAGUCAGCACAAUGUACUGUCCCAGCAGACAGAUACAACAUUGAAGGCUUCUACCAUAAGGAUGGCAGUAGAGCAGGAGUGAUGAAUGUCGAUGGCGGAUAUUUUCUUAAGGAAGACGUCCGUCGGUUCGAUAAUUCAUUUUUCGGAAUUAAUAACUUAGAAGCUUCAUAUAUGGACCCCCAACAACGGAAGUUGCUUGAAGUGGUAUUUGAAUGCUUCGAAGAUGCCGGCGUACGCAGACCCCUUUUUUCUUGUGUUCAAGUUGCCUAAUAGAAGAUCUCAUACAUAUGACCAAUAUGGUUUGCAUCGAUGUGGAGCUUAUAAAAAGAACUUUAGAACAUAUAACUAACUUUAUAAUUCAAGGUAAC